ACAGUGUCAUUACAGUUACCUGUAGCUGAUCUCUCUAAUUUGCUCUGCUAGUAACUGUUGUCUGUUGUAGUGUAGCUACUGCUUAUCCUACUUCGGAUCGGCAGCAUGGGGGCCCUAACAAGCUCACUUCCUGCUGCCGUGAAGAAAUACCGUGACCGUCUGUGUGCUGCCUACAGCAAUGUGCAGUUCUGCAUAGAGGAGACCGAUGAAGAGAAGGAACGGAUCUUGCAAAUGAACGAGCUUUAUGCUGACCUCCAUGUGGUGUCCAAGCAGAAGUUAAAUACCAGGAUGCGUGAAGCAGAAAAACUGGGCACAACUGCGGGCAAUGAGCAGCUGGCUCAUUCAUUUGCGUCUGAAGCUAGAAAGCUGCGCAAGAUGAAACUCGCUGAAAUCCUCACUGUCAAGAAAGCCAUGCGACAACGCAUGAGCGGAAAGACUUUCCGUGCCAUUGCCCUCUCAUCGGCUGGAGCAGGCAAAACCAUGCUCUUCACCAAGAAAGGUCCGUAUGAAUGGGCAAGAGGGCAGAUUUGGCCACACAUCGCUGUCCUGCGUGCACUGGAGCUGCGCUUGGCAGAAGUGCGCAAUAUCACAAGCAUCGCUGAGCUGCUAGAUUUGCAGAAUUACGGCAUCACACUACCAGGUGAGCAGGCUGAAGUCAUUGAUUUUGUUUGCAAUCAUCCCGAAUCUGUGUGUAUUAUUCUCGACGGCCUCGACGAGAUCAAGCUGGCUGACUGCAGCAAGUUCAUGAACGAUGUCAUCUGUGGCAAGGAAUUGCCAGGAAUCAACCUGAUCAUCACGUCCCGCCAUUCAGCAGAAGCCAUGAAGCUGACACAAAGCCGCGAGAUAGUCUUCCAUCGUCGUCUGGAGCUGCUGGGCUUUGAGAAGCAGGGUUUGGAGCACUACAUUCGCAAUGUCCUGUCUCCAGACGAUGCAGCCAAGUUGCUAGCAGAGCUUCGCAGCAACCCACAGCUAGCCACAAUGAUGCGCACACCGUUUUUUGCCCAAGCAACCUGCAGCCUCUACCGACACAACCAUCGCCUGCCAAACACGCCGUCUGCAAUCUUCAACUCGCUGAUCCUUCAUAUUCUACGACAGCAGAAAUCAAAGUCAGCGCAUGAUGGUGAGCACUACACCGAUUGGGACGAUGUUCCCGAUGACGUCCAGGAAAAUCUACAUGAUCUCUCCCGCUUCGCUUUUAACAUGCUCGUCCGUCGGAAAGUCGUCUUCACUGAUGCCGAUUUCAAAAUGUUUGCUCUGUCAUCGGCAAGUCGCACACUCGGCAUGCUCAUCGCCUGCGACACGACAUCACCACAGUCCAGGGCUCAGUGGCGUUUCAGCCACCUGGCACUUCAGGAAGCUCUAGCAGCUCGCUACAUCGCUAGCCGCUCUCCCAGUGCAGCUGACAUCGCCUGGCUUGUGCAGCGACUCGGAGCAUUCACAGGCAGCCUCAACAUGUUCUGGCGCUUACUGGCCACUGAGCUGGACAGCGAGUCGGUCAAUGUGUUGAUCGAAGCCAUUCUCAAUCCGCAGUCUAAAUCGUCUACUCAGCCACAGGAUACCGACCAGGAUUCCACAGGAGCAGAGGGACACAACGUCACGUGCUUUCUCUUCACAACACACGACUACGUCAAGGAUUGGGCCGACCAUGUGUCCUCCUUUCUCUCGCUGGACGAAGCAGAGCAUCUUGCAGAAGAAUUGCUGGGUGACAGGAUCGACCUGGCAUUGUCUGCUCCUGAAGUGGUCCGCCUCGAAAUUGACCCAGCCAUCACCAAAAUCACCUGCAAGGAUUUCGUUCGUUCAUUGUUACCCAUCUGGACGGAUCGCGUCCCCAGUGCCAGUACACAGAAGCUGCACGAUUGCAUGGCCCACCAGGCGCAAGGAUCGGCCAUUCGAUGUUUCACCGCCACUCCCACGUCAAAGCUACCUCCAGUUCCUCCAUCCGACGAAACAGCUCAGCCAUCCGCGACUCUGGAGAACGUCAGUGGCGUGGAACGAAGACAGCGAGUCCUCUACGCCUGCCGGGUCUUCGCGGAGCAUGUCAACGCCAAGCAAACCAGCAUCGAAGACAUCACCAGCAUGCAGGCUAUCUUCACGGAGUACGGAGUAGAGUUCGACGGCGUUCCUCUCACACCGUCGGAUUGUCAGGCCAUCAACACAGUCAUCCGUCACCACCACCAGUUCAUCACCAGCAUCCGCCUGCUCAACUGUGGUAUAAGUGAUAUUGGUUAUGCAUGCAUGGCUGAUGGCAUGGCUCUACUACGCAAUCUUACGAUCAUCAUCCUGCAGGGGAACAACCUCACAGAUCGUCACACGGCCCAUAUCGCAGCGUGUAUCGCAUCCAACACGUCAACACUGCGAGUACUCUACACACACCAGAACCUGUUCAGCAGCAAUGCUAUGGCCACCGUCCACAGCAACACACACCGCUGUACGCGACUGCUGGCAGUGGGUCUUGGAGGUCAAAAGUGCACCGAUCCAGCAGUCAACCUUGACGUCAUCACUAGAAUCUGCAGCAGCUGCCCAGAUCUCCAGUACGUCUAUCUCGUUGACUACGUACUGGAUCUGGAAGGUCUAACCCAGCUAGCACCAUUGUUAGGAGCACUAAGGCUGAGAGCGCUGGAUCUGAGCAAGGUUGGGAUGAAGCAGAACUCCGCACUGAUCGUCUGUCGAAUCAUUCAACAGCAACACGAGAGUUUGGAGCGCCUCGCACUCCAGCGCAAUGAGCUAACUGGAGAUUUCCUGGAAACCGUUCAUGGUGCGCUGAGUCAAUGCCGACGACUGGAGGAGCUGUACCUGAACGACGACUGUCUUUCGUCGGGAGCUCUGCAGGUGCUUGCGUCCCUGCUGCCCAGUCUGCCAAAGCUCUCCAGGCUCGAAAUGGCGAGGAAUGAUUUCCGAGACACUGACGACGAAGCAAAGUUGUUCGCCGCCGCUGCUGAGAGCUGCUCGUCUCUGAAGAAGCUGAGGAUGCCUGAACGAGCUCUAGUGUCUCCGCGGCUGCGUGAGGCUUUAAGUGCCAUGCCCAGAGGUGAUCUGAAUGUGCAGUAUUUGGGGGGUCGCUGGUACAACGAAGUGGAGAAUGACGAAGUAGACGAUGAGUACGACGCUGAAGGAGACAGUGAGAGUGAGGAAUGAGGAGGUGAGAGAAUUUACAAAGACGGUUUUGUGUCCUGAUGAAGAAAGCUUCGUGUUGGUCUAUCGUUUCCUCCUGGCAUGCAGUCCGUCUGUGUAUGUUCGUAGGAUGUGCUUGUAUAUAAUAUUAUAUAUAUGUGUCGUAGGGUUUCUACGUGUGCGUGGUUGUACAUGCGUGUCUGUGUGUAUACUUGAGCGUGUAUUUGUGUUUGUGCGUGUUUGUGUGUGUGGACGCUUGUGUUUCUGCUGGACAUUCCUUCCUUCACAUUCAGUCAGUUCGAGUACUCACUGUGUCGACCUUUGACCUCGAAUACUCACCGUGUUGACCUUUUAACCUCUAGGCUUUGCAACCUGCAAUUAGAUAUUUUCGUUUCGUAAUUGUUCGAUCACUAGACUAGACUGUGGCCUGUACGUGAGAGAUUUGGUGAUCUUGAACGUUAGUGUCCCAAAUCCCUGUCCCACUGGCACUCUGUAAAAGGAAUACAUGUAUUGGUCGGAGGAGUUCCUUUUGCCCCGCCCCCACUUCCAUCCAAUAUGCCACCACCCCCGCUGUGCAGCAUCUGAUGGUACUGAGGUAUUCAGUAAAAAAAAAAAUGUAUCUGAUGACGUAAUCCGGCUGGCUACAUGUACAGCUACAGCGCCUGCUCAUUACUAGUCGUCACGUUUGUCCUGCUAGUCUCCGUACCAUUGUCUUUCCCUGAUUCUUUUCGAGCUGGUUAUGUGAACAUGGUAAAAAGAAAAAAAAGAAAAAAGUCUGUAUGCAUAUCUGAUGUGAUGCGGCUAGCUACAUGUACAGUCUGGAUACAUAUCUGAUGUUAGGAAUACCGUACCCUGUACCCAUUUGACUCUGUCAUAAUUCUGCAACGCCAGACGAUUCGCCAUCUCACUUUCCUUCCUAUCUUUGUAUUGGUGCAUGCUUUGUCCUGCCGCUGAACCCGAGACCCACGGCCGGGGACGUACACGUAGGCCCAAUUCACCAGCACGCUGCUUCGCCUCCCCGCUAGCGCUGUAUGGUCAUGUCCUCCCCUUGGUUCUGUCUGCCCAUUCCGUUCUCUGCUUGACUGUGCACUUCUGUCUUCAGUAUAAAAGUAGAACAAAAUUGCCUUGCUCCUUUUUAUGGGCAUGUAUGUACUACAUAUACACGUACAUUACCUGGCAUGGCAGAGCUUUUUUUUCUAGAUUAUGAGGGCAAUUAUUUUUUUUUAGUGUUAUUCCAAGCAAUACAUGGCUGGGGUAGCCAGUGACCACUUUGCGCGGCGAUUGCAGGGUUUUAUUGCCAACCACAGCUAAAAUCCCUGGAUUUUCCUCUAUUUUUUCUACUUUUUUUCUUUUCUUUUUUCUGGAUACAUACAUGUCAUGUACAUGUACUACAUGUACAUGUAAUAUUUUUUAAACUCGGAUACUGAGCCAGUGUCUCAUGUGUUUCUUCUCUUUUUUACAAUACCUUUUUACCACCUUUUUUAUGAUUACGGUGACAUUUAGUCAUUUAGUUUACAUACGUCAUUGUCAGUCGUGAUCUUGACCAGGAACAUUUCCCUACUUGAUAUCUUCUAUCGCUUCCCUGCUACUUCUCACACCAUUAGUUCUACUUCGAAGUACAUUUAGGUCUUCUUUAUACUAGUAACCGCUUGCUUCCAGACCAACGCUGUCAACAUCCAGCUUCAGUUCAAUCAAUGCAUUCUUUCCCAUGCUCAAUGAUGCAGAUUAAACUCCCAAAUAGGUGCAAUUUUUACUGCAUUAUGAACACAAUUGUUCAAGUUGCCUGAAAAAAUAUAAAGCACGCGCUUUGCAUCUCU